AUCGGUUGCAAACAUACUGUCAAAAAAGGAACAAACACCAAGCGCUCAUUCAUCGUGAGAAUCUGUUCCAUUUAAAUAACCCAGAUAUCAAUUUAGUAAAUUGUCUAAUCAACAAACCAAUUAUCUGUCAGCUGGAUGAAGCGACAGUAAAAUUCAUUUAGAAAAAAACGAAACGUGUUGCGCUAGCGAAACCGGUAACGUAGGAGAAAGAAGAGAGAGGAAAAAAACUAGUACAAUGUUUCCGAACAGUGAAAAUGUCCUCGUCCGAGCAACUGGACUGCUGUUUCUGUUGGUCUUCGCCGGUGAAAACCACUGUAGUGCUGGCAAUUCCGAAAUGGCAGACUACAUGAAACGAGAACAUUCACUUAUCAAACCGUAUCAAGGUUCCGGUAUGACCAUUCCGUACUGGGAUUUUAUCGGAUCCACCUUCGUCACGAACAGUUACAUUAGACUGACACCGGAUUUACAGUCCAAAAGUGCCGCGAUCUGGAAUCAAAUACCUUGCACUUCAAUCAACUGGGAAGUGCAUAUAGCUUUCAAGGUGCACGGUAAGGGAAAGGAUUUGUACGGUGACGGAAUGGCCAUUUGGUACGCCAAAGAUCGACUACAGACCGGACCGGUGUUCGGUAGUCGGGACCUGUUCCAGGGUUUGGCGAUUAUCCUGGACACCUACAGCAAUCACAAUGGACCGCAUAAUCAUCAACAUCCCUACAUCAGUGCCAUGGUGAACAAUGGUACCCUAUCGUACGACCAUGACCGUGACGGAACUCAUACUCAACUGGCCGGAUGCGAAGCCAAAUUCAGAAACGUUGAUUACGAUACGUUUGUCAGUAUUCGAUAUGAAAAUGACGUCCUAACAGGUACCAAGACACGAGAGUCUGUCGAGCUGUUGAGUGACUUAAAUUUUUCUUUUCCAGUAUCAACUGAUCUGGAAAACAAGAAUACCUGGAAACAAUGCUUCCAAGUGAACGGUGUGAAGCUUCCGACCGGGUAUCACUUUGGUGUUUCCGCCACCACGGGUGAUCUUUCCGACAAUCACGAUCUACUGUCGAUCAAGUUUUUUGAGUUGGAAUCACCGGCCCUGCUGGCGGAAGACCGCAGCCGUAUCGUACCUUCGGCGGCCAGCUUCGAGGCACCCCGUGAGCACAAGGACGAUCCCAAACAUUCCGGCACCUCGAACGUGAAAAUUUUCUUCUUCAUCCUACUGGGGAUGUUGAUUGUCGUGGCGCUUGUCGUUAUCGGAAUUAUGUUCUAUCAGAAACAUCAGGAAAACUCCCGGAAGCGAUUCUACUAGAAUACCCACUCCGGGGGCAGUCCGUGGAGGAAAAGCUUUAAGAUACCAAAUUUCAUUUCUUCGCAGCCAUCGUGCGCAUGGGAUCAAACCUAGAAUGUUAUUAUGUUCCGGUUUCCAACUAACUACGCAUUAUUCUUAAAUCGAUCUUCCCAUUUUUACACAGGAAAAAAAACACGUUAAUAGAGAACAAGUAAAUUUAGAAGAAGAAAACAGAGCUACUGUUUUAAGCACCAAGGAAGACAUGAACUGAUUUCAGCACAGAAAUCCUGCAGACCUUCGCUGCCGAACUGUUCAAUAUUCUUAGCUGAAAACUUUGACAAAAAAAAUGGAUUUCGAUGAUGACUGGUGGGUGUUAUUAGCUUGUAGGGAACUCUAGUCUGUGUGUUCAAGAAAUAAAAGCGCGUGAGGGACUACCAUAUCUCAACCGCAACUUUUUUUUUUGGUUCAUUUUCGCUUCGACAUGGAAUGUGGGUGGAUUUCUCAAUAACCGUACCGAACUUCAAUUUCUUUGGUCUAAGUUUGACAAAAGUUAUUAAGCUAACGCUCGACUAUGUUGGAAGUUUUUCAUUUCAUACUAUACGGACGAAAAAUAAAUGAAUUAAAAAAUGUAA